UUUAUCAGAUCGGACCCUAUUCUCGGCCGUACUUUCUUACCCCGCCUUGCGCCGAUAUCGGGCGAUACGCCAGAUACGCUGUGCAGAUAGAUGCACAGCACGCCUUGAACCCACUUGAAACCAAUGCUUUCCGGUCCUCGGAGUUAUUUAAUCGAACGAAAGGGUGUAAAGGAUUGGUGAUUUUCAAUAGCGAACCCCCCCAGCGUGCAACUUUUUAAUCUCCGAUUAUACCUUUUGCCAGUCUCGAAAAAACGGUGUGCUGAAAUGGCUACUGACCCACAAGGUAUCGUCGAGGCCGUCUCGAAAACCGGCCCUGCAAGCAAACUCGCAACUGAAGCAACCGGAAAGGGGGCUCCUGUUACCAGUGCUGUUCUUUAUCGCUCGAUCAAAAGUGUACCGCCGCAGGUCGUCUCAGCAAAUGGAAAUCAUCUGACUUUUUCCGAUGGCCGAACCAUCCUUGAUACAACCUGUGGUGCUGCCGUCGCAUGCAUAGGCAUGAACAACGAGCGAGUGAAAAAGGCGAUGGUUGAGCAGAUUGACAAGUUUGCUUAUUGCAAUUCUACGUUCUUUGGUCAUGAGGUUGGCGAGCAGCUGGCGGCUGAGCUGGUACAAGGCACUGGGGGUGCUAUGUCGAAAGCCUUCAUCAUGUGCUCCGGCUCUGAAGCAAUGGAGGCUGCAAUGAAAAUGGCGCGGCAGUAUUACUUGGAGCUAUCCCCACAACAGCCCAAACGCGUCAACUUCAUUGCCAGGGAAGGCUCAUAUCAUGGGACGACUCUGGGCUCGCUCUCAAUGAGCGGUCAUGUGGCUCGGCGGAGCCUGUUCUUAGAUCUUCUGCUACCCAACAUCGGUAGAGUCUCGGCUUGUAAUGCGUAUCGUGGAAUGACAGAAGGCCAAACGACGGAAGAAUACGUCGCACAACUAGCGGAUGAGCUAGACCGCAAAUUCCAAGAACUGGGACCUGACACAGUGUGCGCGUUUGUUGCUGAGCCCGUCGUUGGCGCUACUCUGGGUUGUGUCCCAGCUGUUCCUGGGUACUUCAAGGCCAUGAAAAGUGUUUGCGACAAAUACGGUGCUCUUCUGAUUUUGGACGAGGUUAUGUCCGGAAUGGGUCGUUCAGGAACGCUGCAUGUAUGGGAGCAAGAAGAUGUGGUGCCUGACAUACAGACGAUUGCGAAAGGACUUGGGGGUGGUUACGCGCCGAUGGCUGGUAUGCUCAUCAACCACCGCGUAGCUGAUGCUCUCAAAGAUGGAUCUGGAGCUUUCUCUCAUGGACACACUUAUCAAGGCCAUCCUGUGGGAUGUGCUGCGGCCUUGGAGGUGCAGCGUAUUAUUCGAGAAGAGAACCUGGUUGCAAAUGUUCGCAAGCAGGGCGCCCUCCUGGAAAAGCUCUUGAGGGAGCAUUUGAGUGAGCAUCCCUAUGUUGGCGAUAUCAGAGGAAAAGGUCUCUUCUGGGGAAUUGAGCUUGUCCGCGACAAAAAGAGCAAAGAGCCCUUCCCACGAUCAGCAGACAUAGCCAACAAAAUCUAUCUCAAUGGCUUGGACAAGUUUGGAAUAAGCCUUUUCCCUGGAAAUGGGACAAAGGACGGAAAUCUGGGCGACCACGUUUUUCUUGCGCCGGCUUACACAAGCACCAGCGAUGAGAUUGAGUACAUCGCUGCGAGGACCAGAGACGCCGUUUUCAAGACGUUUGAUGAGCUUGAUGCCAGUUCUGAUGGUUCUACUUGAUUGGAAUCGGCAUCGGAAUGCCCAUGACGAAGAUGAAUGCAUGCUGCAAUGGCAAAGGCUUUUGGAUCACCCCGUAAACCUGAAACUGGCGGAUUACAACAUUAUGCUUUGCCUUAUGUCUAUAUACUCACAGACUAAUCAUUUAUUUUCUUAUAUUUGAUCGAAGUUGGCGGCCUUUUCUAUUGGAGGGCUUCAGCCAAAUUGAUAUUAGUCAAUUGAUCAUUCAAUCUCCUG